CGCCCCGGUCCGGCCCGCCCCCCUCCCCCACCCCCGCCCCCGGUCCCGUCAGUGGGGUCCGGAGCCCACUGUGCCGUCGCCUCUUCCUUUUUCGACGCCUCCGCCGCCGCCUGAGGACGCGAGCUAGCCGGGAGUUGCACCGCCACCGCCAGGAUGGAUAGAAUGACAGAAGAUGCUCUUCGCUUGAAUCUCCUGAAGCGGAGCUUAGACCCGGCAGAUGAGCGAGAUGAUGUUCUGGCCAAACGACUCAAAAUGGAGGGACAUGAAGCCAUGGAACGUCUGAAAAUGUUGGCACUGCUCAAACGAAAGGAUUUAGCAAAUCUUGAGGUGCCACAUGAGUUAGCCACCAAACAGGAUGGCAGUAGUGUCAAGGGCUACGAAGAGAAACUCAACGGGAACCUCAGGCCUCAUGGAGACAGCAGGACUGCUGGAAGGCCAGGCAAAGAAAACAUCAGUGAUGAGCCAGUGGAUAUGAGUGCUCGGCGAAGUGAACCAGAUCGAGGAAGGCUAACUCCUUCCCCAGACAUCAUUGUUCUGUCUGAUAAUGAAGCUUCCAGUCCCCGUUCCAGCUCCCGAAUGGAAGAAAGACUCAAAGCAGCUAAUCUAGAGAUGUUUAAGGGGAAAGGCAUUGAGGAACGGCAACAGCUCAUUAAGCAGCUGAGAGAUGAGCUACGACUGGAAGAAGCCCGACUGGUGCUAUUAAAGAAACUGAGACAGAGUCAGUUACAGAAAGAGAAUGUGGUCCAGAAGACUCCAGUUGUACAGAAUGCAGCAUCUAUUGUUCAACCCUCUCCUGCCCAUGUGGGUCAGCAAGGCCUAUCCAAGCUUCCCUCCCGGCCUGGAGCUCAAGGGGUCGAACCUCAGAAUCUGAGAACAUUACAGGGUCACAGUGUCAUUCGUUCAGCAACCAACACCACCCUUCCACAUAUGCUGAUGUCUCAGCGUGUCAUUGCACCAAACCCAGCCCAGUUACAGGGCCAGCGGGGCCCACCUAAGCCUGGCCUUGUGCGCACCACAACACCCAAUAUGAACCCAGCCAUCAAUUACCAGCCGCAAUCAAGUUCUUCUGUUCCCUGUCAGCGCACAACAUCCUCUGCCAUCUAUAUGAACCUUGCCUCCCAUAUCCAACCAGGGACCGUGAACAGAGUGUCCUCACCACUUCCUAGCCCCAGUGCCAUGACUGAUGCUGCUAACUCACAGGCUGCAGCUAAAUUGGCUCUUCGCAAACAGCUGGAAAAGACACUCCUGGAGAUUCCUCCCCCUAAACCACCUGCUCCCUUGCUACACUUCCUGCCUAGUGCAGCCAAUAGCGAGUUCAUCUACAUGGUAGGCUUGGAAGAAGUUGUACAGAGUGUCAUCGACAGCCAAGGCAAAAGCUGUGCCUCACUCCUGCGGGUCGAACCCUUUGUUUGUGCCCAGUGCCGCACAGAUUUCACCCCUCACUGGAAGCAGGAGAAGAGCGGUAAGAUUCUUUGUGAGCAGUGCAUGACCUCCAACCAGAAAAAGGCUCUAAAGGCUGAACACACCAACCGGCUGAAAAAUGCUUUUGUGAAAGCCCUACAGCAGGAACAGGAAAUUGAACAGCGAUUGCAGCAGCAGGCAGCCCUCUCUCCCACGACGGCUCCAGCCGUGUCCAGUGUCAGUAAACAAGAAACCAUAAUGAGACAUCACACACUUCGGCAGGCUCCACAGCCCCAAAGCAGCCUACAGCGUGGUAUACCCACAUCUGCCCGUUCCAUGCUUUCCAACUUUGCACAGGCACCCCAGCUGUCUGUGCCAGGUGGCCUCCUUGGUAUGCCAGGCGUCAACAUCGCGUACUUGAACACUGGCAUCGGAGGACACAAAGCUCCCAGUUUGGCAGACCGGCAGCGGGAAUACCUUUUAGACAUGAUCCCUCCCCGGUCUAUAUCGCAGUCCAUCAGUGGACAGAAAUAACGCCUGUUCCACUUGUACUGCCCCAACCUUGAAUCCUUUACCCCUUUCCCAUUGCCCCCAACUUCCGUCGCAUGCAGUGCCUGUACUGGUGCCUACCAUACACGGAAAACAAAACAGAAAACAGAAGACAAGAGUAGAGAUCAACAAGCAAACACACGCCCUGCCCCACACCUCCCCUUGAUCACAUGCUGCCAUCUGUUCUUCUGCCGCUCUGUCUUCUCUCUUCGGUUCUCUUUUAACAGUGAGGUGCGUCUCCACCUCUGAUCGAGGUCAGAACGAGAUCCUGGGGAGAAACCUCAGCCCUCUGAUAUGUGUUUCCGAAGUUUAUUUUUAUGCUAUGAUUAUUAUCAUUUCUAAUGAUGUUGUGUGUCCUGCCUUUGUUCAAUGAACGGUUAAACCUUUUUCAUUCCCCCCCCCAUUUUUUUUUUUCAUUUUUUUCUUUUCCUUUUUAAAAAAAU